AUUCGUUGAAAAUUUUCUGCCGCGUCGGUUGUGCGAAAUUCGCACGAGCGGAGAAAACUGGCUAACGGUUCUUGCCGACGGCACAUAACGCGCAAACAAACUAUUAAUUUCACAACAAAACCCGGCCUAGCAACGCCCAAUCGAAAAGAUCAACAAAAAAAAAAAAACACUGAGAAAACCGAGAGCUGAAAAUGCAAAUGCAAAACUUUAAAAACCAAUUGCUGAGUAUGGAGAUUUUAGGCAAAAUGCGUGCAAUUAUUCAACGCAUGACAACCAAUUAAUUGCCAAAAGAGAGCGCGAGCAAAUACAACCCGCGGCAACAAGUCUCGAGAGCAGAGCCCCAGAAAAUAUAUUGCAAUCUGGGGAGCCGGUUAACGUCUCAACUCAAAAACCGCCAAGUGCAUCGGAAAACCAACAACAAACGGAGCGGCACUUGACCGCUUUUCCAAGCGAUUCGGCGACGGCCGAUCAGCUAAUCCCGCCCAGAAAACUCCGCUCACCAUCGCCAUCGACAUCGCGAUGAUUUAUGCAGCCAUUUCUUGCAAUUCAUGUGGAAUAUUCAGCAGGACUCGCAAAUAAUUGACAUCAGAGUGUUGGUUGUUGCACACAUGUUUGAUAUGUAAACCGCGGGUCGUGCAAACAAUAGUGUCAACAUACGAUAUUGCACCCCACGAUUUGAGGACUAUUAGGGGCACAUAUUGACAUAGUGACCCCUCCCAAACCCCGGAACAAGGUGGUUCUGGAUGGAGACACCCUGCGGGUGCCGGGGCCCACGAGACGCACGGGAAUCCACGGGAGCGAACUUGGUAUCGGACUCGGUAUCGGUACCGCCAUCAUCAGCCGCUUUGGCCACCGGUUGCCAUUCACAACCGCAGCUUCAACAACGGCAGCCACAUCAACAACAUGGCCAUAAAGCAACAGCACCCAGCGAGCUGUAAUUCAUGGUUACAACUACCCAACAAACUGCUGAUAUUGGUGGUGAACACAGAUACACACCCAUCUCAAAAGUACCGCCAUGAAUGAGACAGAGUGCGACGAUCUCAUCAAAUCUGUGAAAUGGACGGAACCAGCCAAUCUGAUCUCCCUGGCCGUACUCGAGUUUAUCAACGUUCUGGUCAUCGGUGGCAACUGCCUUGUGAUUGCCGCCGUCUUCUGUUCGAAUAAGUUGCGCAGCGUGACGAACUUCUUUAUCGUUAACCUGGCCGUGGCCGACCUUUUGGUGGGUCUGGCGGUGCUACCCUUUUCGGCCACCUGGGAGGUCUUCAAGGUUUGGAUUUUCGGCGAUCUCUGGUGCCGCAUUUGGCUGGCCGUCGAUGUCUGGAUGUGCACGGCAUCGAUCCUGAAUCUGUGUGCCAUAUCCCUAGACCGCUAUGUGGCGGUCACGCGACCCGUCACCUACCCAAGCAUCAUGUCCACGAAGAAGGCCAAGUCCUUAAUCGCCGGCAUUUGGGUACUAUCAUUUUUUAUUUGCUUUCCGCCGCUAGUCGGCUGGAAGGAUCAAAAGGCGGUCAUACAGCCGACCUAUCCAAAGGGAAACCAUACGCUUUACUAUACCACCACGAUGUCAAGCUCGGAGGAUGGUCAACUAGGGUUAGAUAGCAUUAAGGAACAGGACGAGGCCUCGGCGCCUCCGCCGCAUGUGGGCAAUGGCAACGCGUACAAUCCCUACGAUCCCGACUUCGCUCCCAUCGAUGGAUCCGCGGAGAUACGGAUUGCGGCCAUGGGCUCGACCAGUACGAGCAGUAGUACAACCAUCAGGACGACGACGACGGAAACGGAAAUGGACCUCGAUCUGCUGAACUCACCGCCGCAGAACAGACCCCAGACCAUUUCCGGCAGCUGCCCGUGGAAGUGCGAGCUAACCAACGAUCGGGGCUAUGUCCUGUACUCCGCCCUGGGCUCCUUCUACAUACCCAUGUUCGUGAUGCUCUUCUUUUACUGGCGCAUCUAUCGGGCCGCCGUGAGAACCACCCGAGCCAUCAAUCAGGGCUUCAAGACCACCAAGGGCAGUCCCCGCGAGUCGGGCAACAAUCGGGUGGAUGAGUCCCAGCUGAUACUGCGCAUCCACCGAGGACGACCCUGUUCCACGCCCCAGAGGACUCCCCUCUCGGUGCACUCGAUGUCCUCGACGCUGAGUGUGAAUAGCAAUGGGGGUGGUGGAGGGGUUGGAGCAGGAGCCACCUCGGGCGAGGAUCACCUGCAGGGAGGCAUCCCCAAGCGAGCCACCUCGAUGCGCGUCUGUCGCCAGCGGCACGAGAAGGUGGCCAUCAAGGUGUCCUUCCCGUCCUCCGAAAAUGUCCUGGACGCCAGCCACCAGCCGCCGCCUCCUUCACCUCACUUUGCGGUCAUCAGCAGCGCCAACGGACGACGUGCCUCCUUCAAGACCAGCCUCUUCGACAUUGGCGAGACCACCUUCAAUCUGGAUGCAGCUGCUCCGUCUGGCGACCUGGAGACAGGACUCUCUACCACCUCGCUUUCGGCCAAAAAGCGGGCGGGAAAGCGGAGUGCCAAGUUCCAGGUGAAGCGCUUCCGCAUGGAGACCAAGGCGGCCAAGACGCUGGCCAUCAUCGUGGGUGGCUUCAUAGUCUGCUGGCUGCCCUUCUUCACCAUGUAUCUAAUACGGGCCUUCUGCGAGAACUGCAUCCAGCCCACGGUCUUCUCGGUGCUCUUCUGGCUGGGCUACUGCAACUCGGCCAUCAAUCCGAUGAUCUAUGCCCUGUUCUCCAACGAGUUUCGGAUCGCCUUCAAGCGGAUAGUGUGCCGAUGCGUUUGCACCAGAAGUGGCUUCCGGGCCUCGGAGAACUUCCAGAUGAUAGCUGCUCGAGCUUUGAUGGCCCCGGCCACUUUCCACAAGACCAUAUCCGGCUGUUCGGACGAAGGCGAUGGAGUGGACUUUAGCUGACUAAUCGGCAACUACGAGCAGAGUCCUCUGCAGCGCAGCUCCUCGCUGCCACAGGAGGCGGAGUGCUCGACCUCGGGAUCGGGACGAAGGAUCCGUCGUGGAGGAUUCUGCAAGGGACGCGUCCUCUAAGAAACGGGGAGGGGGCUCGAUACAAUGCAUUUCGCUUUUUUGAUACUUUUGUAAGCACCGCCAGACGCCGACGUAUCCCACUUCUCAAAACUGUCAGUAUUCGCAUUGAACGACGUUGUAACUGUAUGGCAAUAAUUUUCAUGUAUUUACGUAGACCUAAGGCUAUGUUAAACUAUAUAUAUAUAUAUAUAUUACUAUACAUUACUAUACUUACCAUAUGAGAUACAGAUACGGAUCACCAUGAGAUACACCUGUUAGACGUAAGCAGCCCAUUGUUUUCAGUUACGUUAUUUGUGUACAUGUGUUAGGCGCUGAGGAAAAACUCACACGCAUUAGUUAAUCCAGAUAUAUAUUGAAUGUAUAUGUAUGUGUGUAUCGGCAGCUGUGUAAGUCGGCUGCAUUUUCAAUAAAAGUUAAAAACGAACAUAAUGAAAAACGAAAUCCAAUCAGAGUAAGAACAAAAGAUAAAAACAAGUGCCGACCCAGAAGACAGAAAUUGGCAAAUACCACCGAGUAACUAACACAGGUAUUGACAGGAGGUCAACAUUCCGUGACAUUAAACAAACACCGCAAACGUUGUCCACUAAGCCGACGAUCUAACACUCUCUCGAUGGGUAUUGGUAGCUUAAAAAGAAGUUGGGAAAAAUAAAGUUUCUAUAAAUAACACUUUUUAGAUGAAAUAUAUUUCUUUGAGACAAUAUAUAUACAAUACUCUCUUUCUCUUCCUACCGCUAGAAAAAUGUAUAUCUAUCUUGAUUUAAACUAUGGGUAAAAAUUCUCUUCAUUUUUAUACACUUUCGGAGGCAUUUAAAUACCUUUUCUCACCCUAUUGCUAACAAAUCCAUUUAUUUAUCGAGAUCUUAGGUAGGUUAUUAAUAAAAGUGAAUUAUUUUCCGAGCUAUUCUGAGCUAUUCUUACACAAAAAUAAGUAGUAAUACCUUUUCUUAACAGUUAGCAACUUAAUAAUACCUAGGGAUGACAUAAAACUCUGACCAGUCGGCCUCACAAUUGUUAUAGAUUUCGAGACCCCCUCUUGAUGGCAAUCCAAUUGAAUGGGUCCUUCUUGGCCACUCCCACUUAUACAAGUUGGCUGCCCGUGAGCCACAUGGUCUGCUGCCCAUCCAAGUGGGCAGUCCAUAAACUCGAGGGCAGACUUAAAGCCACCGAGACGUUUCUUUGACAAUAAGCCAGCUAUUAAUGUGGCUGGCGGAGAAGCAACAGUGCCACUAAUGGCUCGAGUAAAAUAUUGCAUUAUUGCGCCGAUUAUUCAUUACUCGUCGCGGGUCGAGUAAUGAAAAUGUAUUCAGCAGUUAAACGUGCGUAUGAGUAAUAAAUGCAAAACGUAGCGAAGCCAACCGACAUAUGGGCAGGAUGAGCGAGAGAGAAGGCGAGGAUUAUGCAAAUGGUUGUGUUAAUGAAAUAAAGUUCGCUUUGAAGGCGGCUUAAAGGCGACAACACUUCUUGAUGAAGAUGGGGGGGAAAACACCGAAACGAGGACUACGACAACGUCGAGUGCUUGUCGCGUUUAUGGCGCAACAUUUGCAUAAUUACGCGUUUAAUUUGCUAAAGUGCAGGCAGGAUGGCAAGCUGGCGAGCUGGCUCUUUUCCAGGGCUUCCAGAGCCGUGAAGUAGGCAACGAAUUCCGAGGACCUGCGUGCAGCAGGGCGUAUGAGCGAUAUUCAAGGGGAGAGAAGGAAAGCAGAGAGGCAGUAGAGAGAGGGGGGCGAGAAAACAAGCAACAUACAACACCGCCGACAUGUAAUACCCUUUUUUACUGAUGUUCUCUGUCU